AUGGGAUUUCCACCCAGAGGGACGGAGACCAUUUCCAAGCCUAUCCUCCACGUCGAAGCACGUAUCAGGAAUGAGGGAAACAUCAUUGUCCGGACAGACAUCGUCCGCGAUGAAGUCACAAAGUGGCUCCUGGAAACUUUCGCUGUCCUAAGCCUGGGACAGGAGAUAACCUCCUUCUCGGACCUAACAGAUACUUACUGCCAAUAUCUUGACGUGGUAAAGGUGAUGGAAUGCGCAGGGCCCCAGCAGGAGAGCGGUGCAUACCGACUUGAGGACGUCGAAUUGGACGUGCAAGCAUACCAGCUGCAUGGAUCUGAGAGCAUAAACGACUCGCCGCAGCCGACGUAUGCUGACGUCAAUGGGAAAAGAGAUGAGGAAGGCCCGCAGGCACGGAUUAUCAGCCUACCAAGCAAAGAGUUGGAUGGGUUGUGGGAAUCGCUUCUGUUUGAUGAGCUGAUACCGUCGACAUUGCUUCGAGCGGUGAACAGGAUGCUUAUGUUUUCCGGGAGGAAACUCAACACCUGGACGAUCAAUUGGAACAGGCUCAUUCUGCUCUAUGGUCCACCAGGGACUGGAAAGACGAGUCUUUGCCGUGGAUUAGCACAAAAACUGUCAAUCCGCCUGGGCAAACAAUUCCCCCAGAGCAAGAUGGUAGAAAUCAAUGCGCACUCGCUAGGGAGUAAAUUUUUCAGCGAAAGCGGCAAGCUAGUUGCACGGAUGUUCGAUAACAUUGAGAAUAUUCUUGAAGAGGAACCGGAUACUUUUGUAUGUGUGUUCAUCGACGAGGCGGAGACAUUGACUGCCAAACGGGAACAGAGCGUGCACGGAAACGAGCCCUUUGAUGCGAUGCGUGCCGUGAACGCACUUUUGACGGCGCUGGAUCGGCUCAGACACAGGCCGAAUGUGGUGGUACUCUGCACCAGUAACCUUAUCACGGCGCUGGGAUUGAGUGGCCGUAGUCUGCGCAGGCUUCCGGCCCUAUCGUUGGUGCUACACUCAGACUAUUCCAAGUGUACUAUCGAGCAGGCCGUGAGAGCUUUGGCGCUGGGAGUGGAAGAGGAGAAGCGGGCCGGAGUAGAGGCAGCAUCAGGAGCAAGCGGGCGAUGUGCUGCCAGCAUGUCACCAAACCUGCUUGCAUGUCCAAACCUCAAAACUUCCACUCCGGAAAUCACAUAUCGGAGUCUCAACGACAAACGUGCCCUCUCUUCUCCCCGCCUCAGCACCCCCUCCGGCUCUUCCCCACUGGCGGGAAUUCAAUCCUCUGAAUUGAAGAAAAAUCGAGCCUCUUCCACAUCUUCUGGGUCCCGCGCUGAAUCGCCGUUCUACCUGACCCUCUCCGCCUCGGCUGCCACUGUGACCGCUGUCGGCGCGGUGGCAUGGUAUUAUCAUCUCUAUGGCCAAGAGGCCUUUGCUAUGACGCCCGCUGAAGAAGGGUUACAUCCAGCUAAAUACCCAUGGGAACACACAAAAUGGACAAAAACAUUCGAUCACCAAGCUCUCCGCCGUGGCUUCCAAGUCUACCGCGAAGUAUGCAUGGCUUGCCACUCCCUCACUCGUGUGCCAUGGCGCGCAUUCGUCGGCACCAUCCAUACCGUGGACGAGAUGAAAGCCAUGGCCGAGGAAUACGAGUACGAUACCGAACCCAAUGACCAAGGCGAAAUCGAGAAGCGGCCAGGCAAAUUGUCCGACUAUAUUCCCCCGCCCUACAAGAAUGACGAGGCCGCCCGCGCCGCAAACAACAGCGCUCUACCACCAGAUUUGAGUUUGAUAGUCAAGGCCCGCCAUGGCGGCUGUGAUUACAUCUUCAACUUGCUAACUGGAUAUCCCGAUGAGCCGCCUGCGGGUGCCACAGUACAAGAGGGAUUGAACUUUAAUCCCUACUUCCCCGGAACUGGAAUUGCAAUGGCCCGCGUCCUCUUCGAUGGCCUUGUCGAAUACGAAGACGGCACACCAGCCACCACCUCGCAAAUGGCCAAGGACGUAACGGAGUUCCUAAACUGGGCGGCAGAACCGGAGAUGGAUGAGCGAAAAAAGAUGGGCCUCAAGACUCUCGCCAUCACUGCUAUGCUCACUGCCAUCAGCAUCUGGGUUAAGAGAUAUAAGUGGGCACCUAUCAAAUCGCGGAAGAUCGUGUAUAGUCCGCCAGUUGGGAGGCCGCCCAUUGGCAAGCGCUAGUUGUUUGGUUGGUUUUUCGUUCGUUUCUGAAUUAUGCUCGUUUUUUUCUUUGUUGUACUUUGUACUUUGCAUAGAAGGUGCAAGAGGAGGUUGUCGGUUGUGGACGGUGAGAUAAUGGAUAGAUGGAAGUCAUACUUGUACCAAAACACAGAACCAGGUCAAAAAAGCCCUCAACCCUCUCCCUUUUUUUUAAGAUAAAAAAUUAUUUGGAUGCAUCUAGGAUGGAAAGAAAAGGAACGAGGAGAGGAGGAGAGGACCACUACAUCCCUCACCCAAGUCACAAAAAAAACCCGCAGAAAUAUCACCGGAGCAUAUGCUUUUUCAUUUUAUCAUUUCAUAUGCACUUUUUUCUCUACCAUUUUUUUCUAUUUGCUGUAUUGUUUUAAAAGUACAAACACACACGCCUUACUUCCCUUCUCUUUCCUUCCCUUCUUUCACUCUCUCCUCGCACUCUCUUUCUCUCCAUCCUCUAUACCCAUCCAUUUCUAAAACGAGAAUCUUGUUUCAAUUAAUUCGUUUUCACCUAUA